GCUCUCGCGAUAUUUCAAAGCGCGCGCGCACCGCAUGGCUCCGAUUGGCCGCGCGGGUUGCCGGACUCCGCGCGCCCCCCUUUUUGGGACACGGCGCCCUAGCUCCGGGAAUUCAUUCUCUUGACUUAAAAGAAAAUGUCUCCAUCUAGCAUUGCAGCAAGAGUGGAAACUUGGCUUUCAUCCACAUGGCAUGUUAAAGUUCCUUUAACAUGGCUGGAAGCAUGUAUUAGUUGGAUCCAGGAAGAAAAUAAUGGUGGUAACUUAACUCAAGCUCAGAUUAACAAGCAGGUAUUUGAGCAAUGGCUUCUUACUGAUCUAAGAGAUUUGGAAUAUGCCGUUUUGCCUGACUGCAUCUUAGGUGCUCCAAAAGGAGAGUUGUCAGGCUUCUACUCCAUACAGAUUGAUUCACUGGUUGAUGUUAGCCAACCAGCGUAUUUGCAGUUGCAGAAGCUAAGAGGGAAAAAUACUGUAAAUGAAGAAGUAACAGCCAGUACUCAGACAUUCCAGAGGCCUUGGGAAGCAAAGCCUACUCGAAUGCUGAUGUUGCAACUAACUGAUGGGAUUCAUCAAAUUCAGGGCAUGGAGUAUCAGCCAGUUCCUGUCCUCCACAGUAACCUUCCACCUGGAACAAAAAUCACUGUACAGGGUAAGAUUGCAUAUCGUCUUGGAGUCCUUCUGCUUAAACCAGAAAAUGUGAAGCUGUUGGGGGGUGAUGUGGAUGCUCUUCUGGUGGAGUAUUCUCAGGAAAGAGUCCUUGCUAGAUUAAUUGGAGAAACCGAAACCCCUCAUUCUGUUGGACAAGCUGGUCACAACCCAAUUGUUCCAAGGCCUGUGGAUGAAUUAGAACAAACUCUUGGCCCUUCAGAUGAGGAGCUUUUAGCCAGUCUUGAUGAAAAUAAUGAAGUUGUUUUGAACAAUGAAACAUCUUUAGAAAGUGGGUACUGCAGUAGAAGCAACAAUUUUAGUGCAGCCUCAGGUUCACUGACUGCACACAAUGGAGAUGUUUUGCUACGGGAAUCUGAAAGUCCUUUGCCUCCCGUAGAACACAUCGAUGGCUUUUCAAAUUACUUUCCUUUAGAAAAUGACUUUGUUCUGGAAGAAGAGAUGCAAAGAGAGCUGGAAGAAGUGUCGCCAGUGGUCAUGAACAGAAAUGUAGCUUUAAUUACUGAGAAACUUCCACAUGCAUCUAGAAGCUCCCACGAUUCAUCUUUAAAUGGCAUUUGUGAAAAAGAUGAUGUGAUUGAAAUAGAUAAGCCUGUGAAAGCUACCAGCAAGCAGAAGACUUCUGGAGGAAUGGUAUUUAAUGGAGAUGGAAAUAGUAUGAGUAGCUUUUCACAGCACAGGAGCAUACAUCAGACCUGCAGUUCUGUACGUUUUUCCUUGGAAAAUCCUCCUGAAGACAAAAACAAUGAUACAGGCCUAGAUGAGAGCAAAUGUGAAUCCCAGCACACUUAUGACAGCAGGCUGUUAAAUUAUUGUUCUGUAUCUUUCUCAAAAAUGGAUCCAGAAGCUGAUCAGCAGAAGCAUGAUUCACAGAGCUUUCCCUGCAGAGCAGCAGAGCCACAUUUAGAUUUAGAUUCUCCCCCUUUCACUUAUAUUUCACUUCUCCUUGAGAAAAAACCAGAAACUGUUACAAUUUUUAAAGUCAAGUGUUUUAUUGUUACUCUCACUGGAAACCUCACAAGCAGCAAUGGGUCCUGGGGUGUAAAGGCAAAAAUUUCUGAUGGUUCAGCUUAUCUUGAAGUAGAUUUUGCUAAUGAUAUUCUUACAAGUUUGAUUGGCUUUUCAGUGCCUGAAAUGAAUAGGCUGAAAAAGGAUCCAGCUUUGCAUCUGAAGCUUAAAAGUGGUUUAGAGCAAUGUCAAAAACAACUGAUAGAUCUCUGUUGUUUGAUGACUAUAGAGUUUAAUCCACUUCAGUCUAAAGCCACUGUAUUAGUUCUCCAGGAUGCCGAGGCAAGGCAUCUAGAACAAUUGAAGAAACGUUUGAAUAAAUAAUGUGUGCAAACUUGCAGGUUGUAUAUUAGGAAAAUUUUAAGUCUGAUUUCCCCUGAAGGACUGUUGGAAGUUAAGUAUUAAAGCUAAGUGGUAUGUCUUUUCUCUUAUCAGGAAAAAUAAUGGAAAACUUGCAGGAGGAGAUGUCUUAUUGGAGCAAAACUUAGCAGUCUAUUUCUUGUGAUGGUAGUGUUGAAAAAAGCUUCCAAGUAUUUCUGUCUUGAUUUAAAAUAUAUAUGUAUCAUUAUCCUUAUGCAAAGUCCUCUGCGUCCUUGACUAGUGAUCUGGAGUAGCAGAAUUUGUCAGGAUAUGGAUAACAACAAACAAUCUUGUUUUUAUACUUUUUCAAGAAUUAUUGCUUACCUGAUUUUCAAAAGCUAGCUCUAGGAAGGAAAACUAGCUAUAAAAAAAGGUUGCUAUACUGUUCUUCUCUUGGAGGAAAGAGGCUGAGUGAAUUGAAACAGAAUUAUUGUUUAAAUGCAGUCAAUUCUGAGUAUGCCAACCUCAAAACUCGAAUACGUAUUUAGUGUGCAAGAAAGCAAAGUGUUGAGAAAUGAAAGAUUGUCUUCUAAAUGUUCGAGGGGGGAGCAGACCAACCCUGUAUCUAAAUAAUAUUAAAAGCUGCACAUUUUAAAAUAUAAUUUAAAAAAGCCAAAUAUUUUUAUAUUUUUUAUUAACAGAAAAGAAUGAUAAAAUGUAAAAGGAAUUUAUUUUUUUGUCAUGUUAAUCGUUGACAAUAGUUUUGAAGCCACAGGCAAUCUUAUUAUUUAACUCUUAUGAUUACUGGUCUAACCUUUUCACAGAGUAAUUAAAUACUUGUCCUACAAAGCUGUUGUAUAUACAUGUUUGAUGUUGGUCUUAAUUUUGAUGAUUUUUAAAAAUUUCU